GCCUCAACAACAGCGAUGAGGAUGCAGGUGCUUUCGAACGGGUCAAAGGUCAACUUUCCAACAAACACAACCGCGGUCACUCCUGCCUCCGAGUCGGGCACGUCUCACUCCAAACAGGUUCGACAGGCUUCGGCCUCCCUCCUCGGAGACGAGCUGGUCGAUCAGUUGGUCCCACUGGGCUCUGUCUACCACCCGGAGGAAGAGGGAGACAGUCUCGCAGAGCUGAAGGCCUUCCCGUCCGUGCAACCUCGGCACAGGUUCCGCUCCCACAGCGACGCAUCGGGCUUCACCGCCAGAAUCCUGUGGAGGCUCAGAGGAGCUCGCCCAGGCGAUGGUUUGGAGAAAUCGUCAUCACUGGCCAGCUGCGACGUGGUAGUGGACAGCGGUUCCGACGUCCACAAUGCGCCCGGCUUGCGGCACCAGCGAGGCAAGCUGUCCACUUUAGGGAGACUCUUCAAACCCUGGAAGUGGAGGAAGAAGAAGAGCAGCGACAGGUUCCAGGAUCUCUCCAAAGUUUUGGAGAGAAAAAUUUCAACAAGACAAACGAGAGAGGAGCUCAUCAAGAAAGGAGUGCUUGUCCCAGAGCAAGCAGACGAGCCCGUCAUCCGGGAAAUCCAGAAUGGUCACGCCACAUCCAGCGUGUCACUGGAGCAGGUCAAGGUUGAGAUUGAAACUAAACUGACCCAAGCUGCGGACCCGACUCCUGGUCCUGUGAACACCCAGAACAAAACAGAGACGAGUGACAUUAAACCCGUCGCCCGGGUGGCUCAGGCACGCCCGCGGGACGCCCAAGCUAGAAAGCAGCACGGCGUCGCUGCUCCCGCCUCCUCCAAGCCUGCAGGCGGCGCUACUGGCGCGGCCAGGCACAGCAGGGACGCCUCGACCAGUGCUAAAAAAACCGCCAAACCAUCAGGGAAGUCGGGUUCUGCGACGCAAGUUAAACCUAACUCGCGGAGCUCUAAUAGUAGUCGCGUGAUCGCCAAGUCCUCUUAUCCAAAGAAGACGCAAGCUGGUUCAGCCAAAACCACCGCGACCACCUCAUACUCCACCGUCCCCCCUCGCUCUCGCCCGCCGAAGGACGCAGAGGCGCAAAGCAGAGGCGCCAACGCUCGGACAAGCCGGAAACCCGAAGCCGAUUCUCAGAAGGCUUCCGCAGACGUUCCCGGCCAGCCGGAGGACUUCAACUCUUCGGACGCCCAUGGGAGCUCUCCUCAAGUUUCCCUCCCCGAAGUUCAGGAGCCUCCCGUUGCUUCUCAAGCCGCCCCGGAGGACAAAGUUCCCUUGGACGAGUCUUCCGUGAGCUCAGAGACCCUGCGGGAUGUAUCCCCCGAGCCCGCCGUCCACUCCCCCCGCAUCAACACUUCCACGGAGGACACUUCCUUCGCAAAAGGGGACGCUGAGGGCGACUCCCAGCGGGAGAAAGAAGCGAGGACGAAAGGGGAAGGAGGAGCGGCGCCAGAGGAAAACGUAGCGCCUGCCGAGGAGACGCACAGCAGUGACUCAAGCCCGGCCGACGCGGACGCCGUCAAAUCGCAGGGCGGCAGCGUCAACAUCCAUCAGAUUGUGGUGACCGUAAUCCCCGACCGGCCGACGGAGACCCAAGCCAGCGACUCUGACUCGGAUGGACCCAUCCUGUACCGCGAUGAUGAGGAGGAAGAUGAAGAAGAGGAGGACGACGAGUACCUUAACAGUUCCUUGGCCAGCAAGAUUCGGCGACGGGACACCCUCAACAUCAAACUGGGCAACCGACCCAGCAAGACGGAGCUGGAGGAGAAAAACAUACUGCCGCGCAGCUCCGAGACGGAGAGACACGAGCUACGCCAGCAAAUCGGAUCCAAACUUGUCAGGCGUUUGAGCCAAAGACCAACCACAGAGGAGCUGGAGCAGCGGAACAUCCUCAGACAGAAGAACGAAGUGGAGGAGCACGAAGCCAAGCAGGAGAUCAAGCGAAAACUCUCCAGAAAGCUUAGCGUGCGGCCAACGGUCGCGGAGCUGAUUGCUCGGAGAAUCCUGCGUUUCAACGAGUACGUGGAGGUCACGGACGCCAAGGACUACGACCGGCGGGCGGAUAAGCCGUGGACGCGACUCACUCCCGCUGACAAGGCGGCCAUCCGCAAGGAGCUGAAUGAGUUCAAGAGCACGGAGAUGGAGGUGCACGAGGGCAGCAAACAUUUAACCAGAUUCCAUCGGCCUUAACGCGAACACGGCGUCGAAAGAGGACAAGUCCACCCCGCCAUCAAACCUGCUGCUGUUAAGUCCGUCUUAGCGCCCCACCCGGUCUACUUACUUGCGCAUUGACAACAUACGCAGGUUUGUCUUAAGGGCCUGCGCUGUCCGUAUGGCCCUCUGGUGGAACUUGAUUGCACAUAUUGUACCUAUAACUCGGAAAAGUGGUGGCUCGCUAAGAGUGAUUUAUUUAUUAUACAGUGCGAAGAGGACUUGCUGGAAAAUGUUUUUGUUUUUUUUUUUUGUUCUUGUUUUUCUCGUCCCUCUGAGAUGUGUCAAAUAGAGCGUUAUUACAAGUAUGAAAUGUGGCUCAAGAGAACUAUAGCUUCCGUGCAAAAGUUGUGCUUUGUUCUGACCUGGCCCGACCCGGGCCGCCAACCAAUGGACCGUCAGCAGCUGUUGAUAUGUUCAAUGUUCAAAUGAUCAGGCCACUAGAGGGCAUUAUGUCAUAAGCACAUUUUACUUGCUGUGGGAUGCCGUGGAGCCUGGAACCAAGGCCAGGAGACCUCUGUUUAAAAAAAAAAAAAAAAGAAAACAUCCCUCAAGUGCUCAAAACGUACUUUAAAAUGUGCACUUUUUAGGCUUUUAAAUCGGUUUCAAUCAUUUUCGCUUUAUUCAGAGUGUCUUGGUGCCACAAAGCUAUUCACAUUAAAAAAAAACAAACAGGCAC